AUGACGUCUGUGAUUUCCAGACUCGUCCUGAAACAUGAACCUGCUUUAAAUGUGACUCCGGGUGCAGCGUUGGAUCCGGUGUGGAACCAGGGUCCGGCCGGGUAUCCGGCCUUUGGGCCGGAGAAGCUCCAGACCAGUAACUACUCGCUGGUGUUGCUCAUUCAGCUGAGCCUGCUCUGCUUCGACCUGUUCGUCAACUCCUUCAGUGAGCUGCUGAGGACGGAGCCGGCCGUCCAACUGGUGCUCUUCAUAAUCCAGGACAUUUCUAUCCUUUUCAACCUGAUCAUCAUUCUGUUGAUGCUGUUCAACACCUACGUGUUCCAGGUCGGCCUGGUUUCCUUAUUACUGGACCGUUUUAGAGCUCUGCUAAUGCUCUCUGCUCUCUACCUGACCUUCAGUAUCAUACUCCACUCAUGGCUCAUGAAUUUACGCUGGCUGAACAACAACAGAUUUAUUUGGACAGACGGCCUGCAGGUGCUUUUUGUUGUCCAAAGAACUGUGUCAGUGCUGUACUAUUAUUUCUACAAGAGGACGUCGGAGUAUCUGGGCGACCCUCGACUCUACGAGGAUUCACCGUGGCUCAGAGAACUGUUUGAGCGGGUCAGACACUCAUGACCUCAGCGGUUCGGCAACAGAGAACAGAGCCGAGACUAAGAAUGAAAGAGGCACAGGCAGAACCCCCUAAAUGGAAAGAAAAUAUGUUCAAAUACAGUGGGUAAGGAUCAGAUGCAUUAAUACAUUUAUGAACACAUACAGGGCAUUGAUAAUAAAAGUGCAGUCUGUAUUAAAUACUCUAAGCCCUAAAAGUGUAUUCCUUGCAGGACAUGCAUUUAUUUAAUCUGUUCUGUUUGUUUUGUCGGACACCGUUUAGCUUCUGCAUCAGCAGCUGCUGCUGAUCGUGCUGAGGUCCACUCAUUAAAAAUACAUUACAGAAUUAUGGCCAAAAAAGAUUUACUCCACAAAAUAUUUCCUUUCCAUGUGGGAAAGUGUGUGCCAAAAUCCUGGUUAGGCAUUUGAGAACUUUUCAGGUUUGUUUAACUGUUCAGAAUGUAUUUAAAGAGGGUCACUGACAACGCUUUUUAUCUGUUGAAAUAACUCACCAAAUGCCCUUUUUCUUGUCUUUUAUCUGCUGUGCAUUUUUAAGAGACUAUACUGACUCGUUUUAUAUACAUUUUAGACUAUUUGAGUUGCUUUGGGUUUGUAUGUGAUGUUGAUAUUAAAACAGAAUUUGAUGUU